GUAUCCAGAAGCUGCAGAAGCCGGUCUCAGAAGAUGCAGAGCCGACGAAAUUGGCAUAUGCCAUUCGUAAUAUCAUGUUUGACGAGUCUACUUUCGACUUGUUGAUGAAUGGUGUAUCGGCUUCGUAUUCCGUACUUUGUUCUCAUGGUCAAUUGACGUACCGUCUUGAGGACGAGGAUUUGGUCCACGAUGAACAUAUAUUCAGGUCCCCUGCAGUUCUCAGCCCAGUGAUGAAUUCGGCCACGAUGCAUGCAGCUUUGAGUGCCGGCCCUGGGGGAUUUGCACAGGUCUUCGAAGGCAAGUAUUUGGCUACUUUGACCAUAUCGGAUGCUCAUGCUGCCAAUAUUCGCUUACUGAGAUUCGUUGACCAACAGCUAUGUGAUGAUCAGAAUCAUUUCUUCUUGCCAUCCCUAUGCCUGCAACACAGAGUGGGUAACAUAGUGGAGCAAUUGACGAAAUUUCUGGGAAACUUGGGUGGUAAUUUUUCCAUUGCGAAGGUAUUGAAUAAGGGCAAUCUGUUGAAGGAUCUUCGGGCAAAAGCUGAUGGUCACAUUGCCCGUACAUUGCGAGUCUUGAAGGAAACCCCUGCAGCAUUGACAGAGGAGUGGUCUCAAGCCCAACAAGAAGCCCGGGAUUUGAUCCAGUUGUGUAUGAGCUAUAACGAUACCACGGAUCCUAUCCGCUCAGGGACUCAGCGGGAAGCCUUCCAGCGGCUUGCCGACUUCUUCAACGGACCUUGGCCCCUUCAGGAGCUACUGCACUUCGAGAGCGAUCACGAAGGGCAGCAGCGGAUGUGCUGGCAGGCUUACAACUCAAGGCACCCUAUGCACUGCGUGCUGGAAUUGCCCAAUGGUGCCCAGUGCUGGUUGGGAGGAAUCGGAGCGAGUGGGGAUGUGCAGGUGCUUAUUGCCAACGGAAUCGGAGCGAUCUUGGCAGCAGCGUCCCACCCUCCGGUGAUAAGGGAUUCCAGAAUUGACUUUCUGGGAAAUCUGGACGGCACAGGCGUGGUUCAUGGAGACAUCGACCAGGGCCUGGUUAUCAACAUGUUCCAGCGGAUCAUGAAACUUUUGUCGUCUGGGAUGAAGGUGCUUAUAUCCUGCAAGAACGGGGCUCAUAGGAGCAGCUUCCUAAUGGCCCUGCUCAUCAUCUUCUUGACGGGCGAGCCCUCGGAAGUGGUGUACUCGCACUUAAACAGUCUACGGGCCAUCGUUGACCUGAGCACCACGGCCCCAGAGUCGCGACACACGCAUGGUCGCAAGAAUGUCAGACCAAUCGAUGCCCUGGGCAAGAUGCAGCAAAUCUUCGCCGAAGAGGGCUAUCGGUCUCUGACCAGGCUCACCAGGCCAGCGCAGCACGCCCUGGGCUUCGACCAAGACGCUGGUCACCGCCCACGACUUAACCAAUUGAUGACUCCGUCCGAGUUUCAAGGGCUGGCCAUGAGCUUGGGGUGGUCCCCCUCCGAGGCCGGAUU